AUGUCGCUCUACUACGAAACCGCGGCGAUCCUCGAGAACCCCGACAAGAUCGGCGGUUCGUUUAAGGCGCGCAUCUUCAAGAAGAAGGACUUAAAGAGCAAGCCCGGCCAGAUCUAUGCGCUGGUUGCUGAGGCGUCGAAGUGGAGUCGCGUGUUGAAGGAUGUGAUUGAGAAGUGCGCGGUGCUGAAGGAGGAGAGAAAACUCACGCCUGUCCUCGCGCUGCUCCUCACGCACGACUUGCUGCUGAGCAAAUCCGGCGUCGCGGCGCACAAGGAUCAUGUCCUGCGUCUCGCUAUCGAACGGCACAAAGCGCGCCUCAGCGCUGCAUUUACGAAAGCCCGCAUCAGCUAUAAAUUCCCUACACUCGAGGCUUUCCGUGAGGCCAUCAACGCCGGCGACCUCGACCCUGACGACAGCGAGGAGGGCGAGAAGAGCAGGCAUCCACGAUGGGUCAGGGUGAAUACUAUAAAGAGCAGUCUGCAGGCGCAGAUGGAUAGCACGUUCAAGGGAUAUGAGAAGGUCGACACUAUUGGGGAGAUCCUACGCGCGCGAGGGAGCAAGAAGAUUUAUUUCGAGGACCCGAACAUUCCAAAUUUGCUGGCGCUGCCGAGCAGAAUCAACUUGACCAAGACGCCAGGCUAUGUGAAGGGCGAGAUCAUCUUCCAGGACAAAGCGUCAUGCUUUCCUGCAUACCUCCUCGACCUUCAGGAGGGCGAUGGCGAUGUGAUCGAUGGGUGUGCGGCGCCGGGCAACAAGACGACGCAUGCUGCCGCCAUCGUGUCGAGCCAGAACGCAGGCAGGGAGAGGAAAGUCAUCGCUUUCGAGCGCGACAAAGGCCGCACUGAGAUCCUGAAGAAGAUGGUCAAGCUCGCCGGCGCAGACUCAAUCGUCACCGUGAAAGGAUCAAGCGACUUCAUCGCCGCCAAGCCAAACUCUCCAGACUACGAGUCCGUCGGCGCCAUCCUCCUCGAUCCCUCCUGCUCAGGCACUGGCAUCGUCGGCCGCGACGACGCCAUAAAACUGCACCUGCCCUCACCCAGCGCCACCCUCGCCGAUCCUCCCAAGAGUUCCAAAUCCAAGAAGCGCAAGCGCGACACCAAAUCCGCGCCUGAAACCCCCGAAGCCAACCCCGAGCUCACCCUCGAUCUCGACGACACGGCUCACGAAGAAGUCCCGCUCGACGCCACCGACAAACUCGCCGAACGCCUCGCCGCCCUCUCCUCCUUCCAACUCCACAUCCUCACGCACGCCAUGCGCUUCCGCGCCGCGCGCAAAAUCACUUACUCGACGUGCUCAAUCCACUUCGAGGAGAAUGAGGGCGUUGUGCUGCAGGCACUCGCCACGAGCGUGGCGCGCGAGCGCGGUUGGCGCAUCUUGCGCCGCGAGGAGCAGGUUAGCGGGCUGCGCGGAUGGGAAAGGAGGGGUGAGUGGGUGGAUGGGAAGGUGGGCGGUGGUGUAGCUGAGGGCAAGGAGAGAGAGGAUGUGCUGGAGGGGUGUGUGAGGUGUGAUAAGGGAACUGGGGAGGGGACGAUGGGGUUCUUUGUUGCUGCAUUUGUGAGGGAGGGUGAGGAUGGGGAGCAGGGCGAACACACGGCAGAGGAGGUGGCUGAUUUGCGCAAACCCGCUGCUCCGACGGCAGAGCAAGAUGGCGACGAAGAGGAGGAGUGGGACGGGUUCAGCGACGACGAGGCCGCUGCGGACCUCAAAGCGAAAGCUGAGGCGGCAGUGCAAGAACAGGAGAAGAAGAAGGAGGUGUCUGCGCCCGUGGAGAAGAAAAGCAAGAGCAAGAAGAGGAAGACAGGGAAAUAG